GCCUAGUACUACAUAGCAGUACCUAGCAUGUGUAUGAGACUAUGAGUGUGUAAGAGUACAAUACAAGUAUGCUUCCUCGGUGAAAGUCAAAAUCCCAACCCACCCUGACUACUCUCGCAUUAGUUUUUUAGUAUAAGCCCUUUCCGUUGGCCACAUAAACAUAAAAAAAAUCCUGAAAGAGUAGCCCUUUUAAACUUUCGGCCUCAGAUCACCACCACCACAAACAAGUCGGGGCUUGCUUGGACACACGAAAACCUUCCGUCGUCAACCUCACUGUCAUACUUGCUUGUCAAACCUCACCCUCACCUUCACCCUCACCCUCACCCCUCCUCCUCGUGUCUCCUCACUCAGCAAAUUUCCUCCCUCCGCCUCUGGUCAGUAAGAAAAAUCCCGUUUUACCUACUCACCUGGUAAUAACCCCUCCCUCCUUCCCUCCUCAACGACGAGAGAGACGCUAGCCAGCUCGAGAUUCUUGUGGACAAGAUGGCGGAUACGAAGAACGAGAAGAUGUUCGAGUCGGACUCGCCCUCGGCGCGCGACAUGGGGUCCAGCACCGAGGUCGUCGGCCAGGUGAGCGACAUCUCGGGGUUCGAGAAGCAGAAGGCGGAGCUGGGCAGCGCGCACUUCAACCGCCUCGGCUGGAAGCGGCUCACCGUCGUCCUCAUCGUCGAGGCCAUCGCCCUCGGCAGUCUGAGCAUGCCCGCCGCGUUCGCCACCCUCGGCAUGGUCGCCGGAACCAUUCUUAGUGUGGGACUGGGACUUGUGGCCAUCUACACGAGCUACGUCGUCGGCCAGGUGAAACUAAAGUUCCCGGAGGUCCAGCACUACGCGGAUGCGGGCCGCCUGAUCAUGGGGAAGUUCGGGUAUGAGCUCGUCGGCAGCAUGUUCGUGCUGCAGCUGACGUUCCUCGUCGGCUCGCACUGUCUCACCGGCACGAUCGCGUUCCAGAACAUCAGCAACAACGGCGCGUGCUCGCUCGUCUUCGGCGUCGUGUCGGCCAUCAUCCUGCUGCUUCUCGCGAUCCCGCCGUCCUUCGCCGAGGUCGCGAUCCUGGGGUACAUCGACUUCGUGUCCAUCAUGGCGGCCAUCUUCAUCACGAUCAUCGCCACCGGCGUGCAGCGCACGGAUAUCGGGGUGGUCUCGGGGUGGUCCGCGUGGCCGGAGGAGAACCUCACGUUCACGAAGGCCUUCAUCGCCAUCACCAACAUCGUCUUCGCCUACAGCUUCGCCAUCUGCCAGUUCUCCUUCAUGGACGAGAUGCACACGCCCAAGCACUUCGUGAAAUCCAUCUGGGCUUUGGGGUUGAUCGAGAUCGUCAUCUACACGCUUACCGGAGCGCUGAUCUACGCCUUUGUGGGCCCCGAGGUCAAGUCCCCCGCCCUGCUGUCGGCGGGCCCCUUAGUCUCCAAGAUCGCGUUCGGCAUUGCGCUCCCUGUCAUCUUCAUCUCCGGCUCGAUUAACGGAACGGUCGUGGGACGCUACAUCCACGGGCGCGUGUACCGCGACUCCGUCACGCGCUUCAUCAACACGACGAAGGGGUGGGUGACGUGGAUCGUGCUCAUCACCGUCAUCACCGUCAUCGCGUGGGUUAUCGCCGAGGCCAUCCCGUUCUUCUCCGACCUGCUCGCUAUCUCGUCCGCGCUGUUCAUCUCGGGCUUUACCUUCUACUUCCCCGCCGUCUUCUGGUUCAUGCUCAUCAAGGAGGGCCCCUGGUACGCGAAGGAGAACAUCUACAAGGCGGUGCUCAACGCGAUCGUGUUCUUGAUCGGCAUGAUUGUGCUGGUCGGCGGCACGUAUGCUAGUAUUGUUGAUAUUAUUGAUGGAUACACCACCGGUACCGUUCGCGGCGCGUUCACCUGUGCUCCGUUCGAGUAAAUUCGAAGAAGCGGCAUCGAGGGAAGGAUAAACAAAUAAAUAACAGAAAAUUUUAAAAUAAAAUAAUAUCAAUAAAGAAGGGUCUGAAAGCAGUUAUACCCAAAGUCACAGUCGCCAGUCUCUCUUAGCGAUCCGACUUACGUACUUUUUUUUUCACCUACGCCCUUCGCAAGACCAUCAUGUCAAAAAGGGCGCGCGCCCCUUCGCUCCACACUUUGACUAAGGGGUAGGUACCGUAUACCUACCUACCUACCUACACCCGCCUACUUACGUUAAGGCGCCGCCAUACGUACUCAGUACAUACAUACAUACAUCACGAUACUUACCUACCUAUGUGUUUUAUUUCCUAUCUACGGAGCAUUCAUCUCACGUGAGCAUGGAGGGAGGGUGC